AAAUUUCUUGAAAUUUGCCUGGUUUUGUUUGUAUUUCCUGAAUGUUUUUCUUUAUCAAUUAACGCUAAUCAGGCUCCACGGAUCAAUUUUGUCUCGUUUAUGAUGGAAGCGGAAGGGCGGGGCGGUUACCUGGAAAGAGUGCCUACACUGGACAUUCUGGUCGAUCAUCUACGGCAGCAUGACCCACUGUUCGCCCGUGCCCGGCAUAUACCGAUGCAAUUUGAUAAACGCGUGGAAGGGAAUACGUCAAUCGUACCCAGCUUUCUUCGCGAUGCCAACGGGCAACGUUGCGAUGGACCCAAAAGCAACAUUCAGAGCUUCUUCUGGCCGUUCUAUUACCAGAAUGAACACAUGUUCAAUGCGUCAUGGGAUGAGGAGUUCACCGUUAUUAUGGCAUCAGUGUGCGCUGACGCGGUGAUCGAACUGGCGUAUGCAGUAUCGGGAAUCGAUGCACCCAUGCUGAUUGUUAAUCCCGAUAUCCGCCUGGCCAAUGUCCAGCGUUUUCCUAACGUCCUCAACAUCUUUUCCAUGCCGGAUAUAACGUUUGUCGACACACUGACCACCAUGGCGCACAAGUACUCCUGGUCCAGUAUCACUGUGUUGUGCACUUCGGCACCGGAAAUGAGGAUGUUAUUCUACACUUUAAUGUGUUCGGCGCUGCCGAGUCAUCUUGCCCGGCUGAAAAGUAGUGUGAAGGCGUUCAUCCAUUCGUUUCCGGUGAAUCUUAAAAGCAAUCGUAGUGAACAGUUUGCUGAGGCUUUGGUCGUUGCAAAGAAGCGCAGAGUGACGGUCCUCUUGUUUCCACCGGCGCUGACCCGCCGCUUCAUGGUUGCUGCUCUUGAUGCGGGAUUGAUAAACGGCGAUUACAUAUUUGUCGUAUUCGAAAUUGUCGCCGUUCCGGUUAACGAUGACCUUUACGGGGAUGAUGCCGUGGAUAAUACCGUCAACCAGACGGCGUUGCGGGAAUCGUUCCGGUCACUGCUGGUUAUCGGUGACGGAUCGGGCGGGCAGCCAGCUGCUGUCGACUCAUUCUUCGACGAUCUCAUUGAAGCGUUUCUAAUACGCAACAACUGGACAACAGAUCGAUCACACUUGAACAUCGCCGAUCCACUGUGGCAGUACGAACUGUUCGAAGUGUUUUCCCAGGUGUUUUUAGAAGUGCGCCAAGAACUGAGCUUUUUAACGGGCGCAACAUUUAUCAAGAAAUUUCUCAACCGAACGUACGUUUUACCAACCAAAACCAUGACGGUGGAUGCUUCGGGAACUGUUCUCAGUGUGGUUUCCAUUGGGCAGUUUAGCCCAUCCUUGGGACGAUUUGAUACUGCUAUUUCAUUUGAUACUCGAACCCGUUUCCUCAACGCUUCCCGGGUAACGUGGUUUAAUAAUGCUACCACCUUACCGGCUGAUUUCCCACUAUGUGGACUACAUGGCGAAGAUUGCUGGUAUACGCAGUAUCAUGAACUUCCGGCUGCACUUGGAGCCGUUGUCGGUUUAAUCAUCGUUGGAACCGCAGUAACCGUUGCUAUUAUUCGGAAGAAAUCAAAUCGUGACCGUAUAUCGAGCCUAUUUCAUGUCCGGGAUGCAAUGCAGUCACCAGGAGGAACACCGAGUGAUGAGACAAAUGUAUGGCUUGGUGAAAAAGAAGUCUUUGCCAAAGCUAUCAAAUCCGGCACUAUCAAGCGCAAUUUUAUGCAAAACACCAAAUUCUGUCGGACGUUGCUGACGAUCGAAGGCAUUCACCAUAAAUAUAUAGCAGCGUUUCAUGGGAUACUCGUGCAGAACCAUCAGCUCUAUGCUGUAUAUGAAACCUCAGAGAAGGGAACAAUACGUGCCUUUCUCCAGCGAAACCGGCACUUCUUAGAUGUCGACUUGAAAACGUACUGGGUGACGAAUAUAUUAGAGGCGUUGGUGUACAUCCACAAGUCGCCUUUGAAAGGGCACAAGAUGCUCUCGUCAGAAGCGUGUUUGGUGGACGCACGUUAUACAAUUAAAGUCCUCCUAACCGGAUACGCACACCUCGUACAAUGCGCUGCCAGUCACGGAGCACCAUCAGCAACGUGUGACACGUAUCAAACGGGUCGAAUUGUCGCUGAGCUGUUUGUAACCACCACCGAUUCUGAUGGGUGUAUCGUGGUGGACAACUCCACAACACCACCGCCAAUCCAUAACCUUAUCAUGGAGUGUCUCGCCGAGAAAACCGACGAGAAAUUGCGCAACGGCGUACUGUCCAGGCGACUGCAUUACUUUGCUCGUGUCAAGCAUAACAUCGUGGAGAUGAUGCUGAUGCGGCUUGAUCAGCACGCCCAACAUCUGGAAGCCGUCGUGACCGACCGCACCGAGAUGCUGAUUAAAGAGACGCAGAAGGUCGACCAUCUAUUACAUCAGAUGUUUCCAAGUGGUCUGGUUCUCCGGUUGCGAAACCGUGAAACGGUGGAAGCUGAGAUGUUCGAAUGUGCGACGGUAAUAUUCAGCGAUAUCCCGGCCUUUACCGACCUGGCCACGGUACUAUCGCCCAUGGCCAUUGUUCAGUUACUGAACCUGAUGCAUUCGAAGUUCGACGAGAUUGUCGGACGGUUUGAUGUGUACAAAGUGGAGACUAUUAGCGAUUCUUAUGUGGUAGUUAGUGGCGUACCGAAUCGUAACGGAACCAGCCAUGCAAGUGAGCAGUGCGCCCUGGCAUUGCAUCUUUUACCCGUCGCGCAAAUUGCUAAUACGGUCUUUCUUGAUACCGGUCUUCUGGCGGUCCGCGUCGGCAUUAAUUCGGGUCCGGUUGCGGCGGCUGUGGUCGGAUUGCGAAUGCCUCGCUACUGUUUAUUCGGUGAUGCGAUGAACACCGCCAGCCGCAUGGAAUCCCACGGGGCCGGUUAGUAUCCGCGGCAUAACACGCUAUCCGCAAUC